AGCGUGGAAUCAUAUUUUUUGUGACCAUCAAUAUCUUGUUCCUGCAUCUAAAAUGUUUGUGUUGUGUAGAUUGAUGAUGCCAGAAUUCACUUAUCAAAAAUCAUAUUUUCUACUUUUCAAAAAUAAAAAAUCAUCUUUUCUUUUUUAAAUAAAUAGAAGCAGUUAUAUUCCAAGCCCAAAAUGUGAAUAUUUGGAAAGUAGAUAAUAAUGAAUAAAUCCAUUGAAGAUAUUGUCUGAUUUUUGAGACUCCGUGUUAAACCUCGACCAUGGAAAGACAUUCACAAUAUCCACAUCAACAUGUGAUUGGAUGAUACACGUGGACCAAUAGCAUGAGAGGUAGCAGAACCCUCAGCCAAUAACAAUCAGCAUUUGGAUUUGCCUAUAUCCUCCAUCACCAUCUACUUAGUGAGCUUCCUCCAACAAUUCUCUCCAUUGCCGAGCCAAUCUCACUUCUCAUCCCCCCAUCAAGAAUGGCAGCCAACACCAUCAUGAGCUGCGGUGUCGCAGCCGCUGCCGUCUGCCCCUCCGUCCUCUCCUCCUCCAAGUCGAAAUUCGCCUCCUCCGUCACCUUCGGCACUAAUGCCACCACCUCCAGGUUCACCAUGUCCGCCGAGUGGAUGCCGGGCGAGCCCCGCCCACCCUACCUCGAUGGCUCCGCUCCAGGAGAUUUCGGAUUCGACCCACUUGGGCUAGGGGCAGUCCCGGAAAACCUAGAGAGAUUUAAGGAGUCGGAGAUCUACCACUGCAGAUGGGCUAUGCUAGCUGUCCCCGGAAUCCUGGUGCCCGAGGCUCUGGGCUUGGGCAACUGGGUCAAGGCCCAGGAAUGGGCCGCGAUCCCGGGCGGGCAGGCGACUUAUUUGGGCAACCCGGUUCCGUGGGGCACCCUACCCACCAUCUUGGUGAUCGAGUUCUUAGCCAUAGCCUUUGUAGAGCACCAAAGGAGCAUGGAGAAGGACCCGGAAAAGAAGAAGUACCCGGGCGGGGCAUUCGACCCGCUCGGCUACUCCAAGGACCCGAAAAAGUUUGAAGAGUACAAGGUCAAGGAGAUCAAGAAUGGUCGUCUUGCGAUGUUGGCGUUUGUGGGAUUCUGCGUGCAGCAAUCAGCAUACCCGGGAACAGGGCCGUUGGAGAAUUUGGCGAAGCAUUUGGCUGACCCGUGGCACAACAACAUCGGCGACGUUCUCAUUCCUCUUUCCUAAAAUGUCGAAUCUUGUUUCACUAUGCUCAUUUGUGUACAAAUUUGAACACAUCUAUCUUAUCAUCACCACCAACACUUUCUCAA